AUGUGGAGUGGAAAGAGUGGAACUUUUGCCUCUGAAGGUGAGUCAAGCUAACUUAUUUGGUUUUUCGAAAAACCAUUAGUUAUAAUAUCGGCAAACUAAUGUAAGUCGUGGGAAGAAAGCCACAAACUGGACCAACUGAGCUCUCGUUUCACUCGGCGGCAUCUAACACAAAUUUGCCAGCAUGAUAAUCAGUACGAAAUAACGAAGGCUACAAAACUGGUAAGCUCUCCAAGGCGCGGAGCUCUGGUCUCACACUAACACACUCUCAGUAGAGAAAAUAUGGAAUCAUUCUUGUCUCAUGCAUGUAUCUCAAAAAUUGACCCGAGAUGAAAUCAUUGCGUUUGUGACAGGAAGGUCUUAAAUCACCUUAGAAACCAAACUGUUUUUGUAGAAAAUAUAUGAGGCCAUUCAGGCUAGAAAUUUCUACCAAUCAGAAAAAAAAUUGAAAUUUCGAGUAUGAGAUGUUGCUUAAAUAAUCUUAAGAAUAUCCUUGAACUUCUGAAAUGAGGAAUAUUUUUGCUCAUAACUGUAAGUUAGUUACAAUAAAUUUUGCCUUACAGUUUGUGGCGAAGUUGUAAACAACACGCUGAAAAGUCCCGGAUAUCCAAGUGCUAACUAUCCUAAAAUGUUGGACUGUAUUUAUAUGGUUGUCAUUCCAUCUGGCAUGGCUAUGAACGUUUCCUUUGAAGAUUUUUACAUUGAGGAUGACAGUACGUGCGAGUAAGUGAUUUAUUCAAACAUGACAGCCAUAAAUUUAUUUGCAGUUGGAUAGAGGAUGGAAAAUGGAGCGGGGGUGUAGAUUGGGUAGGAUAGGAAAGAUCGUUGUGCUUCUCUACCCUUCUACACUCGUGAUUUUCUUUUACUCCUGCAUUCGGUAAAUUCAUUUCCGUCUCUUAGGUAUGAUAAUCUGAUGAUUAUCAAUGAUGAAAACCGCAACUACGGAAUGUACUGUGGAGACUGGACAGGACAUACAAAAACUGUUUCUGGAAAAUAUGUUUUGAUAACUUUUCACACGGACAUAGAAACCCAAGAGAGGGGAUUCCACCUGCUAUUUACUGCUGUUCCAAUCAGUAAGUUUAACCUCGGUGGAGAAUUAUUAUUUUAGUGUUUUCAAAAAUUUUAAACAAUUCUGAAGUUAAGCUUUUUCAUGGUUAGACAGAAAGUAUAGACAUAGAAAUUCGGCCAAACGGAAGGAAGAAUGGAGAAGUAUGGCAAACGUUUACAUGGACUGACAUGCGAAACAUAGCAUGAAAACGUUUCAAAAAAAUUUUGCGAGGUUCAUAAAGCUUCCAAGAGCUGCUGUGAAUAUUGUUUCCACGAACAUAUGAUAGGAUUCAAAUACCUUCCUUGUAUUCGAUUGUCUCACGAAGCUAAACUUGAGGAUGAAUAUUUUGCUCACGCACAGUCGAGAAAGUGUCAAAUCAAACGAAAGCAUGUACAAGUCGGAGGUCGAAAACGUUAGUUUUAUGCGAUGAGGUUCUUCAUAAUUAUUCACUGACAAUACUUUAACUUAUUUCAGCAGGAAACAGGACAACCAAUCAGCCAUCAUUUAGUGGUAAAUAUCAUUCCAAAUUAAUAACAGUUGAUAAGGCCCUACCUGUAAUUCAAAUACAUUUAACUAAACUGAAGACUUUAUUACAAACCGUCGCUUGAAUAAAUGACGUUGGAUUUUGUCGACGGGUCAAAAAUUAAAUAAUCGGCAUUAAAUAUUUAGAUGUAAAAAACAUUUGUAAAUGUGUAUAAGUCACCUUCUCAAUUGUGACUGGCCACGACAGGCAUGCUACCGCUCAAAUUUAGGAAAUUUUACGUUGCUGUUUGGCAGAGCACGGCUGACAAAUGUACAAAGUUUUGAAACGCAAGAGCUGAACUCUUGUUCCGCCCAUAAGAUCUUUUGUUACGCCACGUCCUCGUUGCCCUCGUCAUGGUGUACAAAAAUGUACAAUAAAUCAAUUGUAAAUUGAGUGUUGUUAGAUGGCGACAGUAAUCAAGGCCUUGCUUUGAUUUUACACGUCAGGUUUCGGUUUUCUAACGUGAUGACAGAGGCGACGGCGACGUAAAGAGACUGGGUCUAGGCAGUCAGUUGCUGUCGGGCUUACUUCACGAAAGAAUCUCGGAAACUGCCAGUUUUCCGGCCAAUGUGAACCUUUCGUGCUUAGUUUCUUGCGGAUUUCGUUCAGUCUUUCACUUAAAUCGCCGAGCAUAAAAUUUAUCAUCUUCAUUUACAUCAUCAUUGCGCAGAAGCAUCACAUGUUUACACUCAUAUCCUUGCAGUAUGCAGGAAAAUUGUCUCUAUGGACUAAGUUAAACGGCUUAGCUAGCUGCGUGUCUUAUAUAGAUUCAGAGGUAGCGUGUCGAAAAUACCAAUCGGGAGGUCGUAAGUUCGACUCCUUUUUUUUUUCAUCUCCUAGUAUGCGUAUGUCAUUCACUAAAUAACAUAUUCCUUAUAUUACCAGGAUUAAAAUUAACCAUCUUCACUCACAUCAUCAUUGCACAUGAGCACCACAUGUAGACAUUUCUAUCCUCCUAGUAUGCAGGAGAUUUGUGAAUGAUUUAGUGAAUGAUACAGGCAUACUUGGAGAAAACAUCGAGUGCUCUCGAAAGGAAUGGAACCUACGACCUUCCGAUGAGUACUUUAGACACUCUACCAGUGAGCCAUAGGAGACUCAUGGCAAGCUAGGUCAUUAAGCUUGUCCAUGGUGACAAUUUUCUUGCAUACAGCAAGUGUAGGAAUAGAAUAGAAUGCCUUGUUCAACGUGCACCGAGUGAUCUACUUUGAAGCUUCCAUGAAAACGCCACAAAACACUGAAUAUUGGAUACUAAUCGUUAAAAAGAUCCUGGAGUUUUUUUUCCUCUUUGCAUUGAUAAAAUUCAUUCAUUUAUUUGACAAUGACUUUGCUCAUUCUACGAAGAAACACGUUGUGUCCUGCACAUGUCGGGCUUUUGAAAAUAGUUUCGACAUAGGGGUUACAUGGAGAAGUUCCUUUUACAAUUCGUUACAGUACGGACCGAGAGGUUAGUAAGAGGUGAUUAGGUAUCUAGGGUCAAUAAUAGCACUGCACCACCAAUUUGACUCUGGAUAACUAAAACUUUAACUGAUCUGGGUUUGACUUUAGGCAGUCCAUCGAAUGAAACAGAGUUAUAUAAAGGUUUUUGGAGAUUAUCUUACUGCCGACAAUCUUGUAGAAUACAAGGUGAAUUAACUAUGUGCUGAAGAUAUUGAUAUUGCAAAGGUAUUGCUUAAUUGCUUGAGGUUGUUGUAUGUCUAUAGGCUGUGGCAAGGUGGUAAACGGCACACUUAUGAGCCCGAGAUACCCAGCGAACUACCCAGCGUAUCAGGACUGCAUUUAUCUGGUUCCUAUCCCACAAGGAACAACAAUGAUCAUCUCUUUUCACGAUUUUGAUGUGGAAUAUGAUGACCAGUGCAGGUAAGGGUGAAAAUAACAUUUACUACGAUACUUGUGGUCACACAAAAGUCGUUUUGAGACAAAAACAUUGAGGAAGACCAACGUAGAUAUUAGUAACCAAGUGUUGAUAAAUUUGAAGAUUAGUAACUUGAGAUCGGUUAAAUUGCGUUGACGAGGCGUACUGCAAAAAUUUUUAAAAUUACUGGACCUGUUUAUUUUAUGCUCAGCCAAAGAAAGCAAAUCAGAUGAAUGGAUCUCAUAUGUAACUAUCUUUUUCCUUUUGUUCGCAGUUUUGAUUAUUUGAAAUUUACAAAUGAAAAAAAUGACAAGAUUGGUAAAUACUGUGGCCAAAUAUCAGACCCCGGGCGGACUGUUCUUGUAACUGGAAAGUAUGCAAUACUGAUAUUUCACUCCGACUCCAGCGCUCAGAGAAAAGGUUUUCUUUUAUUCUUGACAGCCAUUCCUCAAGGUAGGUCACUUCAGAAAAGCGUACAACUCUUCAAUGAAAAAUAGUGGAGUUAUAGGAAAAGAGAAAUUUAAGAAGGACAAAUUUUCCUCGUGUAAUAACCAUUAUGAAAUCAUAGGUUGUGAGCGGACUGCAGGUGAGUUUAAAGUGAUAAGAAACUAAUCGAUUAUUCCGCUGAUUUAUAUUCCCGAGUGUCACUUUUAUCUUUGCUGAUACUCGCAAGAAACUUGUGACAUGUGAAUCUAGUACUGGCCGUUGGGGUGGAAUCUGAAGUACUGCCUGGAGUUUGAUUCCAAGGGGAAAUUCGGAUCAAUUCAUUGUAGUGACGAGACGAACGACGUCUUUCAUCUUUUCCUUCUAUCCUUUACAUAAAAACGUUGAUUUUAGGAGAAAAUCGUCCUUAAUGUUCAAGAAAAACUGCAUUGCCUUAUUGAACAACGUGAAGACCGCUUAUGUCAACUCAUAGGUUUGUUUUUCUUUGACAGUCCCACCCAGGGUAUUGGUACCAGCUCCCGUUGUACGAUCAUUACCAGGCUACGAAGUGACGUGCUCAGCGACCGGAAGUCCUCCCAUUUACUUGGCUUUAAUGAGAGAUAACACUGUUCUAGUAAAUACAACUACUCCAGCACGAGUCAGAUUGUACAUGGAAGGAAAUUAUACUUGUGUCGCAACAAGCAGAUAUGGAACCAACACGAGCAACUUUGUGUUAAGUUUUGUUGGUAGGUGCUUAGUUUGAUUGACAAAAGAGUCUAACUUGAACAGAAUCCGCUCAAGCACUUGCUUUCAGUGUAAGAUCUUUUUCUAUUUCAGCUCUUAAGCGGACCACACAAAAUUCCAUCCUUAAGUCAAACUAAUUUCAUAUUUUCGAACUUCAACUGAGGGUAUUCAGACAGUAACCGACCCCAAGGUCAUUUACCUAAAUUACUUUUCAAGAUUCACCUCUGAAAGCAUAACUAUCACCAAUACAUACUUUGUUAAAGAAAAAGGUAAAGAUGAUAGAUUAAAGGUUUUCUUUGCUCUUUUUUCUCCUUCAGAUUGUGGGCAUAACUGUCGCCAUUCGUGGGAAGGCCGUACGUUUGGGAAUAGUCUUUACUGCCUAGGGUUGAUGUCACCAGAACUCGCUAUAAAGUGCACUUCAACCGUUACUGACAAGAUGUAAGAUCAUUGAUUUCCAUCGUUCAUAUAUACGGCAAAAAAAAGAAAUAAAAGUCACGUGGACUUCAUUAGUAAUCGUAUUGACCUUUUCUCUGUUUCAUUAGUCUCUAAGGUUGUCUGGGACUGUCUCAUUGACAUAUAGAUUUAGCCAAGCCUGAAAGCGGAGCUCCAUUUGGUUUAUUCUACAACCGUUCACUUUCUCAGAAUUUCUCAUUGGCUGUUGAGGAAUUUAUUCACGGGAUUUUAGGGAUUUGUAAUUAAUUAUGUAGAGCUUGGUAAGGAUUCAAGGGCAUUUUAUUACCAAAAGGGCUUUUCUUUCUUCAUUUGCUAAAAAAGUUUUUAAAAUUCAUUCCGAACAGCUGGUCUGAAAUCAAUACGUACAAGUACUUCCCUUGUCUUAGUCCUUGCUCAUUUGAUGAUUUUUUUUUUAAUUCACAGGUCCAUGGAAUUCACGGGAAACUUUUCACAUCCUUCAGCUGGUAUUUUUUCCAGCCUGACCAACCUACAUUGGCUGUUAGUAUACAAAGUUGAAACAUACGAUGCUAACCACGGCAAUUACUAAUAAAAGCAACGAAUGAUUGAAACAGAGGGACUAGUACUUUCAUUACUUUUUCGUAACAACUUCAUAAAAAAACACUUAUUAUAUAAGGUUAGGUGAGGCUUCUAAACGCAGGUCGAGAGCUGGUAACCACAAAAGCUAUGAAGUUGAUAGUUGGAUUGAUCUGAAGGUGUACACUUUGUCCUUACCGUUUCUCAUAAAGGCACUAAGUUCGUCCACUCUAUCGGGUUUACUUGGCAGGUAAUAAAUAAUUUCAAUAAUCAAUGAUUAAGAUUCUUUGGGAUUAGAUGUUGUAAACUGCUAGGGCGCGUGAAUAUCACAACACCAUCCCCAGCCCGCUACGUUUCUCAGGAUUGAAUGGGAGCAGUUGUGUAAAACCCAAAUGAUUUUAAAAUUUCAUAACGACUUUGUAUGUUUCAUAGGUCACUGAGAACAAACAACAUCGAAGAGUUACCAGGCAACCUAUUUACCAACUUAACCAAGUUGCGAACCUUGUAAGUUAAGUAAUAUCCACUUCGAACUUAAAUUUAUUUAAUUUAGUAGGAAGUAAGUUGAUGUGCAGCAGACGCGGAAGCCUUAUAUAUAUGCCGAAAGACUGUUUAUGUCUGCCCUUUUUGGAUUCAAGGUGGAGAUUUGGAAAUUUUAACAAUACCAUUAGGAAAAGAAACCUAUUUUGAAAUUUUAACGAUACCUCUGGGAAAAGAAACUCAUUGGACUGGUUUUGAACUAAAAUCUGCGCUGCUCAUCCUCAGAUGUUGCCUUAAAUCACAUAAGACAAGAUACUUCAGCUUCUUGUUCAUCCAACUGGAGAUUCUCCUGGUGUUUAGCAUAAAGUAACUAAGAGUAAUAUCAUACAACCUGGAUGAGAGGUUACCCUGAGCUAUUCGUCGGGUUUUUCUGAUAGUUUACUUGUCUCAAAGUCAUAUUCCUGGGUAAAGAGUUUUACCGCCAGAGUAAGGCACAAGAUCAGAAUGAUCUCUGUCUGUGCUCAAGAUCAGACUUUCCCUCCUGGAGAUAGUACAGACUAAUCCACAGGGUCUUUCUUCUUUCAAUAAACAGCUUUCUCUCCAUAAAUUUUGAUUGUGGUUUAGGAUAUCUAACGUCCUCUUCAGUGAUAACUUUCCGCUGUAUGUGCUGAACGUCAUUUCUUGAAUAAUAAAGCACCAAUUUUUACAGGCUCUUGAGUGAAAACAAGAUCACAUUUCUUCCUGAAAGAGUGUUUGCUACAUUGACAAGUCUGUGGCUGCUGUACGUAGACAACUUCCCCAACACUUUUGGUGAAUUUUGCAAAUUAUCUUAGAUCUAUUUUGGUUUACAUCGUGUACUUUAUAAGGUCAGGUUGUUCCUAGUCAGAAUUGAUCCAACAUGGAACGACUAAUAUGUCUUUUGUGUAGAGAUCAGGUAACCAGCAGAAAUCAACUCACGAGUAAUAUUACAAAAGGCACAAAGUUCUCCUAAAAAAAAAAAUGAAAUUUUGUAUUUCAAAUAACAUACACCCGCUAUUUUUCCCAAUCUUAAAAUCCUUUAAAACAUACAUCGCUAUGGUUAAAAAAUUCUCUUGAUAGGGAUUUAGCUUCAAACAUCAUUUCGGUUUUACCCGAGGAAAUAUUUGCUGACCUACCAGAUUUAACUUUUCUGUAAGUAGAUAGUUAUAUCUUAGUUCUGUGUAAGGUAAGAAAAUGUAAGGAUAAUAUAGAAGUGGUAGAGCCAAAGGCUAGUGGUAAAUAAUUUUAAAUCAGUUACAUCAGUAGUUGUCUUUCAAUUCAUUUUUGUAAUUGCUAUUUCAGUAUGAAUUAAAAAAACAUAAUUUUGCCCAAUAACUUUCCAAGAACAAUAUUUUCUUACGCAGCAAAAACAAUUUGAGGAAGUAUAUAUAAAUCGACCCAGAUAAGUUUCAUAGUCACAAUUAAUCAUGCUGCCUAAAAAGUAAUGUUCGAAAAAGUCCUGGAAAAUAAUGUUCACAAGAAGUAGCUCUCUGUUUUUGAAGCUGCCUCUCAUAAGAGUUGUCAUAUCGUAAAGUUAGGUGGCUGGCAGAAGGGUCAAACGUCUUGCGAUUGUAUAAAAUUUCGAAUGCAAAUUAAACCGGUUGACGUGAUGAAUUUCCUUCGACAGGGACGUUUCUGACAACGCUUUAAAGUUUCUACCUGACAGAGUGUUUGCCGCUCAAGAAAAUCUUAUCUGGCUGUAAGGGUUUCAACUAACUUUUUCUUGAACGGUCAAUUUGUUUUUGAUUAAAAUAUCUUUGCACGAGUUUGAUCUACGAAAUAAAAAAUGCUAUUUACUCACUCAACCUUUGAGCCUUUAAAUGUUCAGUGGCACAUAAGACCUCAACGAGGUCUCUCCAAAUCGCCCAAAUCGCACUACCUGGCCAGGUGAACUUAUCGAAAGACUCUAGUGCGUAGCUGUCGAUCGAGAUUUCAUCUUUCUCAGUCGUUAGACAUAACUUUUACUUUGCCCAUAUUUAUAUUGAGCCCGAUGGUGCUGGCUUUGUCAUUUUACUUCGAACUCUUUCGUUGAAUGUGAACCUGAGUGUUAGAGGGCAAAGCUUUGUCUUGGGCAAAUUCGAAGUCUUGGUUGCAGAGCGUCCACCUGAUGCCAGUGGCUUGCUGCUCUUUAAAAUUUUAUAUAUUAGCCUUUCCGUCUAUGCGGACAUUAUGCAUCCUUGGGACACACCUGGGUUCGCUUCAAAGCUCAGUCUAUAGCUCUACGUGCAGCUGGUAAAAUUGUUCUAGAAUUGAAUGAUAACUUUUGUUACCUAUACUUCGUCACAUGUCGAUACUAAGUUGUGUUAUUCUUUUUAAGUCGAGUACAAUGAUGCAGAUAUGGUGGCCGUAUUGUGCAUUAUUUCCCCCUCUCUACAGGAAUCUGACUGCAAACAUGAUCCAGAAUCUCAGUGCGGAAGUUCUUUCCCCUCUCACACAAUUGGUCACGUGGUGAGUUUGAGUCCGUUUUCACCUGACAACAUUAGUUUCCUACGUCCAAUUAGGUGUUCAUGUUGUUGAAGCAUAAGUUUUUGUAAAAGGAGAGCAGAAGCUCAUAUUCAUUUUCACAAACAACAGCUGUUAAUAUUUUGUUCUUUGAACAAACUUUUACAAUGCUAUAGCGGGGAAAAAAAGUUCAAACGUAGAGCUUAUGCAAUUUCUCCGGUCUUAAAGUCCAUGCAGAGACAGUGUUGUAAUUAUUACUCAAAGAUACGAUCUAACGCUUAAACUAAAAAAAAUAAUUCCGGAUAAAAUCACAAAAUGGCGAUUUAAUCAAGAGGCAAUAAGCAUCGGCCGUGAUUGUAUCGCAAAACUAUUUCGUUUCCAUUCUCUCUUGUUCGGUCACAGAAAAAAAAAACCGGAAGGUCGAUAAUAGUUUUAAACCAAAAGCCCAAUAAAAGGAUGCUAUUAUUAGUCAUCAAAGUUAUCGAAUUAAUUUCACCUUGUUUCGUUUUUUUGUUUUGUGUUUGUUUUUGUUUUUGUUUUUGUUUUCAGGCUUAUAGCUUCAAACAAUAUUAAAAGUCUCUCGGUUGAUAUGGUCGGUCGCCUUACAAAAAUUGGAAAACUGUACGUUCCGACUUAAUUUGAUUUUUCCAGUUAAGGCUAUUGAUACAUCUUUAUCAAAUUAGUGAAGUGAAAGAUGUCUUGCCUCUUAGGAUAAUCGUUUCAGUUUCUUUUAUCUACCCUUUUUAGGGAAAUAUCCUCAAAUGAUAUCCAAAACCUUGACGAGGAUUUGUUUGCCCUCAUGGACGACUUAAAAUCUUUGUAGCUAUCGUUAAAAUUGUUUGCUUAUAGAUAAGUGAUGACUUAAUUUGCCAAAACAUUAACUUUGAUCAAAUUCUCGAACGUGGCUGACUGCCGAUUUCAGGCCUAUUUUAAUAAUGUAGGUAUAAAUAUUGUAGGCAUACUGCAUGGACUAUAUCAGGUUCAUUUUCUGUAGCUGAGAGGAAACACUAAUCCAGUAUCCAAGAUAAGGCAUAACAACCUAGAAACAUCACAAUAAUGGUCACAAAUUAAAAUAUGAACGCAUUGAUGGAUAACUUUCGAUUCACUUGCACGAGGGGAAUAUAUAAACCAAAGUGGCAUUUUUCUUCGUUAUCAUCAUACAACAUAUUUUAAGUAGUAAAGUUAUUAAUAAGUUGAAAUCAUGGAACAUUGAAAAUAACAGACAUCGUGGGUAGAUCUGAACAUUCUACUCUUUUUAAUUUUGAAAGUGGAACGUUUUUUUCACACUUUGUCGUUGCUACAGUGUUUUAUUUCUCCUUCACAGGUACCUGGGUUCAAACAACAUUUCAUACUUACCAGCCAAGUUAUUUUUCAACAAUGAUAAAAUAGAACGUUUGUAAGUUCAAUGUCAUUAUGAUUUAUCAUAGAUAUACUUAGAAAAUAUGGUAUCGAACAGUGUUACCUUCUUUAUAGGACGUUCAAACUUUGGGAAAUAAUGAAAGCGUUUCAUUAUUUCCCUGCACUUUUGGAAUAGCACGAAUGCGUAUGAUAUCAUCCUUCAAGAGGAGGCUUCCUUGCGAAACUUUUUUCCAAGUUAAAAUAGAUUUUGAUCGGUUGAGGGAUUAUAUGGAAACUUCACACUGACGUUCCUCAGCACUACCUCAUGUUUUCAAAGGUGGACAUAUUGUCUUUCGAGAGAUCCUCUCCGACACACUCCUUUUGCAGUAUUUGGUACUUUAAGAUGCACCCACAUCCACAACAAAAUCAUUACGAUUACUGAUCAAAAACUACAUAUUUGUUUUUACCAGGGAUCUCCAGUACAACAGAAUUGCCAAGUUACCGACCGAUAUUUUUCGUAACAUGAAAAGGUUGCGACAUUUGUAAGUAUCUUAAAAACGACGGCAUUGAUCUAACGAAAGCCAGACGGAGGCUUGAAGGAAAUGCGAGGUUUAUGUAGAGGGAUAUUUGACUGAAAGAUCCUGAAUGACACUCGAAAAUUCCGGUAUUCGAAACUUUUCAAAACCAUUGUUUUGAAAACUUAAAAAUUCUCAAUAAAAGCUAAGUUUUUCGCUUGUCUCACGAUGUAGUCACGUGUAAUGUAGAUCGCGACGUUUCGACUGCAUACUGCUAGUCUUCUUCAGGCGAUGAGGUCGACUGGUCAUACGUGAUCUUAUAAAGCAUAAUGCUCUGUUGUAGUUAGUAGCUUUGAAAUCGUUGGUGGGUUCGGCAAAAAAAAGACCGGAAAACCAAACAACAGUGCCGAACCCGCCAACGAGUUCAAAGCCACUCCGAUUUUGCCUUAUGUCAAAGGUCUGUUCGAACAGCUUCGCCGUUGCCUACAACAACAAGGCGUACGCGCUGUUUUCAAGUCGGAGACUACGCUAAGAUCUCAGUUAGUACGACCUAAAGACGCUGUCGACCUGGCUAAAUAAGAUGGCGUAGUUUAUAGGAUUCCCUGCGAAUGCGGCAAGGUGUACAUCGGAGAGACUGGAAGACCUAUGUCAGACAGAAUUAAGGAGCACGAUCGAGACAUCCGACUCGCCCGUACCGAGACCUCUGCCGUUUCAGAGCAUGCCCACAACACCGGACACAAGCCACUCUGGAACGAAGUAAAGUUUAUAGAUCGUGACCCUUAUUACUAUACGCGCAAGGUCAAAGAGGCAAUUCAUGUAAGACUUCACCCUAACAACAUCAACAGGGAUAGUGGAAUAGAAAUUCCGGAGGCAUACAUGCCCACGAUCAAAAAACGCAACAACAGGAGAGCCGUUGCCUACAACAACAAGGCGUACGCGCUGUUUUCAAGUCGGAGACUACGCUAAGAUCUCAGUUAGACUAUACGCGCAAGGUCAAAGAGGCAAUUCAUGUAAGACUUCACCCUAACAACAUCAACAGGGAUAGUGGAAUAGAAAUUCCGGAGGCAUGCAUGCCCACGAUCAAAAAACGCAACAACAGGAGAGCCGUACGACAGAGGACCGACGAGGGAGCAAAUCACUGAGUGAACAGCAAAAAUCGAAAUGUACCAAUCAGAGCUGUUGAAAAGCAACUAAUCACAGCAGAGCAUCAUGCUUUAUAAGAUCACGCAUGAUCAGUCGACCUCAUCGCCUGAAGAAGACUAACAGUAUGCAGUCGAAACGUCGCGAUCUACAUCACACGUGACUAUAUCGUGAGACAAACGAAAAAGUUAGCUUUUGUUGUUAUUCACCACGAUGAAUAACCACAACCUUUUCUACGAAAUCAAAAAUUCUCAUUGGUCCAUGGAUAGCCUAUGAUGACUUGUUCAAAAAUUGACAACUGCACGGCCUCGUGAAAAACAUAACAUAUACUUGCCUGUCUUAGAUUUUGUUACAUUUUGUGUCCCAAUAUGAUAAGUAAUGGUAAUAGUACUGAGUGGAGUCCAAUUCGGUCUGUAAUCACACGAGUGAUAUAUAUAUAUAUAUAUAUAUAUAUAUAUAUAUAUAUAUAUAUAUAUGUAUAUGUAUAUAUAUUUAUAUAUAUAUAUGUAUAUAUAUAUUUUUUUUUAUUACUAAUCAAUCAUAAAAAUUACAAUUUCCAGGAAAAAAGUGUAGAAGAAUAGCCAACAAUAACCGAUAACAAACUGUUCGAUAACAAGCUAUGCCUUGUUUUGCCCCGUCGAUUUACUUCUCUGACAUUUGUAAUAUCAAAAAGGGGAAAAAUUCAUUGAAAUAGCAGAUAGGAUCCUAAUUUUUCCCGUGGAUAUGGUAUAACCACAGAAACGAAAGCUCUUUUUCACAAAUUCCUGAAUAUGUUUUAUAUGGCAUGUCAAGUACGACAAGGCUUUUCAUAUAUGGCGGACAUAACUUAUUUUUAUGCUUGGUUGCCACAUGUUACUUUAAUACGGAAGAAUAGAGGGUCAUAGAACCCCACAGAGGCAGCUCACACUUGAUUUAAUGUGCGUUUUACCUAGCUUUUGCUACUUCACCUGUUUUGCACUUGUCUCCAAAUUAAUCGAGGAUUGUAAAGUGUUCGUCAUGAAUUCGUUAGAGUGACCAAGUGAUCUCAACGAGGAACUUGUACCGACAAUCUCUACUAAUGAAGAACUAAAUGAACGUCUUGUCGAGUCUGGGUAACUUUUUCCUUAAUUUUUUAGAUUUCUAAGCGCCAACCAACUGGAGAUUAUUCCGUACAGAGUGUUCUAUAGUCUGGAUGACCCAUGCACAAUGUAAGUGUAAUAUGUGGUGUGUGUUCUUAGCGAGUAAAUGGCCAAGGGUAGAGAUGAUGGUGGUUUAAAAUGAACUCAGUACUAAUUUAGAGUGUAUGUUUUACAAUUAACGGCUUUUGGACAUGUCAAUUGUUACGAUACAGAAAAAUUUUGCCCUAUAUAUCAACCCAUCCCCAAAUUAAUCAUUAAGUGGGUGAUCAAGGCCAAAAAUAUCAAAUUCUUCCUUUUCUCCUUUGCAUUUCGUUUGUUCUCUAAGCAGUCACUUCGGUCAUCUUUUUCCUUCGGUCUCCUCGAGAUCUAACUUCUCGUGACCAUCUUAAUCAUCAUAUGUAAAACACAAUAGACCAACAAAUAAUUUUCAAUGCUUUCAUCACCUGAUAUGUACUGUACUGUUAUCACUAUGCCGAUGAUUUUCUUUUCGUCAGAAUGCUUUCAGACAAUCCCAUAAUCACAAUUGAACCGGAAGCUUUUAAACUCAGUGAUGAGGAAUAUAAGGGAUGUAACUUACAGAUGUAAGUAAGCUCUUCGCCCAGACUGACACCUGAGCCACCCCGUUCACUUUACCAAUUCGUGAAGUACACCUUACAGAAGCGCUAAGUCAACUCAAAAGGAAUUUUAUAAAGUAAUAAUAAUGUCAGUAUAUCAAGAUGAUCAUAAGUAAUUCGUUCAUCGGCUGCAAGUCGUAUCAUGGUGGCCUUAAAUCAACCGCUGACAUUGCACGUCCCUCCACAAUGUAAACUUAAACCCAUGCGUUAAAGGAAAGUUGAAUCCAACCUACAACUUAACGGUAAAAUGCAGUGAAAGGUCAAGUAUAUUUGAUCUCUCGGUAAGUUGGAGAAUAACUCCCGAUUCUUAUAAUUUUGUCAUACGAGAAUUCUGUGGAUUUCUCUUACGUUGUUGUAAUCUAUCAUCAGAUGUCUGAUAAGUGGAAUUGCUAACGGCGUUGUAACUUGGGACUUGGCCACACCCGAGGCAUAUAGGGGAAGGUCGAACUGCACCACGAAUAGGGUUCCCUAGUUGCCAAAGUAGGCAAUGGUAAAAUUGAUUGACACUUAAAACGGAAGUACAACUGUAUCGAAUAGCACAAGAGCUACUCAACAAUCAACCCAUCUUUGGAAUAAUAGAGAAAUUCACUUUGACGGCGGCUAGAAAUGACGACAACUGUUUUCAAUCUAAUGUUCCGUACCCUCUGUACAUUAUUCUUUGCAGAUAUUUGUUACGGACGAAACUGAAGAUAUUUCGCGCGGAUUACUUCGUUGGUCUUGGUGGUCUGGACUUUGAACUGUACUGUAUCCCAUUCAGAAAGACAACAUUUUUUUUCCGAAGUUACACAAACAUGUAUCUUAUGCCAUCUUAAGAAGUUAGCUCACUUUCAGCGGGAGUAACAUCAAACGGAUGCUGUUUACACUCACUAGAUAUAAAUCCAGCUGCCCUCGAUGAUAAGUCUAACUGAUAUGUAGCUGACCAUAAAAGCUAUCAAUAUUAUCAACGUAACUCUCAGAUGGAAAAUUUCUGAUUUGAUUACAUCUUCAUCUUACUUAGCUAAAAUAUUUCUAUUGGAGUCUAUUUAGGUUAUAUUAGUGAUGCUGGUAAAUUGAGGUAUGAGGGCAGUCAUACACCUAGCAAAUAUGGUGAUUUUUUUUUCUUUUAUCAGGGUGUUAAAGAAUCGAACCGUAGGAACGUUAAAAUAUCGAUCUCUAGUCAAGAAUUGCACAAUAUAUCUGUAAGUGCUUCGCUUAAAACACAGCGCUGGUUAAAGCAGAGACAAUAAAACGUCAGUGUUCAGAAUUGCAUAUUUCCUUCUUUCCAAAGUAAGAUGCCAUAUUGUCUAUUUUGAAUCCUGAAGUUUAGACAAAAAACGCAAUUACGUUUUACCCUCUGUGCCGUGCCAGUCAGUCAUUUUUAUGUUUUGAGAAAGUCAGUUUUGUGGUCCUAUGACAUUAUAACAUCUUGAAUGACUGAUAUUUUGCAUUCCCAGGAAUCCUGUGAUUCUGAUACAGAAACUGUUAAAGUUCAAAAGCCAACUAGCCAAGAAAGUGUGGCGUUUAUCUCUGCGCUUAUGUCCACGGGAUUUAGGAGAAUACCAAGCAAUCUUACAGAUGACCAAUACCAUUCAUUCUUGCCAUGUCCAGUGGGAACUUUCUCUAA